GUGGCGCCAACAUCUGGUCACUCUACGUUUCAUGUGUGCCGGUGGUUUGUAUGUGAUUUUAUUUAUUUACAAAAAUGGACCUAAGUACUCUGCUGCAGCGAGCCCAGAACCUGACAAAUGAGGCGAAAGCGGAAAGUGAGCUUCCCGCCGUGGAGCGGACGCUUCAGCAGGUUCUACAGGCCACCACGGAGCUCCACUCUCGCGUCACCCAAACCGGCGGCAAAGAAAUCCAGGCGCACAUAUUACUGGGAUCCAAGGGCGUGGACCUUCCCAAACUAAAUCAGAAGCUUGAGUCGCUGAGUGCUCGGAAAACCUUUGAGCCGCUUGACGUUAAGGCUGAUACUGAUGUGCGCACAUUUCUAAAGAACGAGCGAGAGAAUGCCAUUCUGUCCGUGAUCGAAGAUACCAACAAAAAUAUAAGCGAUGCUGUCAGCAAGCAAAAGUGGGCCAGCAUGAAUAAAGCCUGGAUCGAGGAGAAGACCCGCCUGCUAGACGCCCUGAUCGCGCCCUCUCAGAACUUUAUCGACCUGCAGCGUCUGCCAGAACCCACCAUUCUAAAUCCGCACUUUCAACCACGUUCAUGCCUUGAUUCUUUAGAAAUGGCAUACGCCCAGGAAUUGCGGCAGUACAACGAAUUGCUGCUGAAGGGCAGCCUUCGGCCCAAUCUCGUUCAGAAGUUUGCCCAGUUGUCUCAGAGCUUUGGUGACUCCCGCCUGACAGACAUGUGGACCAUGCUAGCUUGCGUUACCCAAAUAAGCGAGCCGCUUCAUAGCGAUCCCAUCAAAAGCAGGCAGCAAAGGCCAGAGUUUGUUGAUCAUGCGAAGUCCUACCUGGAGCGGAGAUACAGAGUUUUUAUGUGCUCGCAAGUGGGCGGAUCCUAUGCCAAUAACAGCUAUCAGUUGGUAUUGGCCUUUGUAAGUCAGCGGUUCAGUGCACAGCAAACUAUAGGAUUGGUAGACACAGUAGGCGAAAGACCCUUGUGGCCCCUGGUUUAUUACGGAUUGCGCUGUGGAUCGGUCGAGACGGCUGUCGAGUUUCUGCGCGAAACGGGAAGUAGUCACGAGGAGUUCGCCCAGCUACUGUCGGAUCGAAGUGCAGGAGAAACAAAUUCAAGAAUAGAAAACCAACUGCGCUUACAGUACGCCAACAAGAUACGCAACUCCACCGAUGCCUACAAGAAGGCCGUUUACUGCAUUCUUUUAGGAUGCGAUGUAAAUGAAGUUCACGGGGAGGUGGCCAAAACCAUUGAUGAUUUUCUUUGGAACCGAUUGUCCAUGCUUCAACCCGGUGACGCCGCCAACUAUGGUAAACUGCAGUCGCUGAUUUUGGAAAAGUACGGCGAAAAGUACUUUAAUGCCGAAAAACAGCCGUACCUCUAUUUCGAAACUCUUGCACUAACUGGCCAGUUUGAGUCAGCUAUCGAGUUCUUGGCCCGCCGUGAUGAUAACCGAGUUCAUGCAGUUCACAUGGCCAUAGCGCUGCAUGAGUUAGGUCUUUUAGGCGGGGCACGCAGUGUCACCCAGCCUCUACUUUCGAUCGAUAUUAUGGAUCCAGCUCCACUAAGACGCCUCAACCUUAGCCGUCUAGUUCGACAAUAUGUGCAGCGUUUUGAGCGCACGGAUACCACAGAAGCUUUGCACUAUUACUAUACAUUGCGAUGCCUAAGGGAUACCAAGGGCCGAAACAUGUUUAUGGCAUGUGUGUGCGAUGUGGUCGUGGACAGUGGAGUCUUUGAUACCUCCAUUUUUGACCUGAUAUUCGGAAAGCGACAGGCGUGUGACCAAGAAGAAACCAGUGGCCUCUUCCGACAGUUCGAUUGCCCGGAGUUUGAUACCCGCACCAUGGCCGCUCUGGUGGCUGACGAAUUGGCAUCGUUGGGAAACUUUGAGAUCUCGGCGCGACUUUACGAAAUGGCCGGCCAGUAUGACCUUGCCCUGAAGCAUAUUUGUAUUUUGCUAGCCCAAGUGGUUCAGCUGCCCACGCUAGGCGGAUCGCUUAGGGAUCGCCUCGGUACUGAGGCUCAGAGAUUCAGCAAUCUUCUGGAUAGCGAUAACAUCGAGGUGGAGCCCAAAAUGAAGAGCAGCUUUAUUUUGCUGCAGGAUCUACUUAUAUUCUUCAACUUCUAUCAUGAGGGCAAAUUUAAUGCGGCACUGGAUCAGCUUCGGAAAACCCGACUCAUGCCCAACACGUCGAACGAUGUGGAUGCAUGUCUGGCCAAUGUGAAGCGUCUCAGCGGUGAGGUGAUCAAAGUGUUGCCCGAAGUUUUUGUGGCCGCCAUGGACAUCGCCCAGCGACAGUAUAGGCAGCUUAAGUCAGGAAUGGGCGGAUCGUUAGAGCAGAGCCAAAUGCAAGAGCUUCGACAGCGGGCUAAAGCCCUUUCUAACAUGGCUGCCACUAUGCCAUAUCGUCUGCCCUACGACACCAACAGGCGACUGAUUCAAUUGGAACUGGUAAUGCACUAAAAUAAAAUUACUUUAAGGUA